UUCAAAGUGAGUCAGAUAUGAGCAUGUUUCAAGUUCUGGGCAAAGGUGUGGAUAGAGGGGGAAUUGCGUUUGGCGAGAUAAUCCAAGGCCUUUUGAUAUUUGGGGUCUUCAUAGCGGGGUACUCAGCAAAGGCAAUGCGAUACCUCGAACAAGCUUUGGAGCUCAAGACCUCAAGCUUGCAGCACAGAGGAACAUUAAUAAUCCUCACCAACUAAAGCAGCCAGCAAAGAUUCCCAUCGCGUGCAAUCACAAAAGGCGCAAUCGCAAUCUGGUCCCUCUCUCAGGUCUCUCGAGCCUUUUUCCCCGCUGGCGUCAUCUUGAUUUAUCAUUCUGCCCCGCCUUUCCCUCCCACCCCCCCCCUCCUCCCGUCCUCCACCAUCGCAUCUCGUCUCACGCAACCAAGUACCAUCCGUAGCUUUGUAACCACUACCGCCGCAACCACAAACCUCCCUCCCAUCUCAUGUGCAAGUGCGUACGUAGACUAGCUGCGCGCCGUUCAACCCGUUAAAUUUCCCGCCAUUUCCGUGCCUGAGACACACACAAGCGGUUAUAUAUAGCAACAGCACCACCACCACCACCACCGCCAAAUUCACGUUGUCUUCAACCUUAAAUAACAUAACCAAGUGCCCACCCACCACCCUCCACCACUCCCCCGUUUUAUCUCUUUCUCCAAACCUUCUCACAACCAAAAAAACGUACCGCGCUACUCCUACCCCUAAAACGCCAAUUACCUCACCAACACCCCUAAUUCCUCGCAUCGUUGAACGAACCGAAAAACAAAACAUAAAAUGGCCGACGUUGCUACCGCCGCCACUCCCGAUGUCCCCACCGGACAGGAGCACAAGUACCACUUUAACAUUGUCAUGAGCUGCGGCGGCUGCUCCGGUGCUGUAGACAGGGUUUUGAAGAAGCUCGAGGGCGUCAAAUCCUACACCGUCUCCCUCGAAACCCAAACAGCCACCGUCAUCGCAGAGGACUCCCUCCCCUACGAAAAAGUCCUCAAGACCAUCGCCAAGACGGGCAAAAAAGUCACAAAGGGCGAGGCCGACGGCGAGGAGAGGAGCGUCGAGGUUCCCAAGGAUGAGUAGAGCUCUUCGUUGGGGAAGCUUUGAACACUCCUCUGGUCCAAGGGAAACGAAGUUGAGGUUAUGAAAGAAAGGAGGGGGAACACACGACUAAAGAAGGGAGGAGGGAGGGGGAGGGGUUGUGGGAUGGAGAACCGAUCGUGUUCCCAACGAGAAAGGAAGCUGAACAUCGACUAGGUUGAAGAGGAGAGG